AUGAAUAAUAGUAAUGGUGAAACAAUUUAUAAUUUACUUAACCAAAUACCUAAAUCAUUACCUAUACCACCAACUAAUUCCAAACAUUAUUAUCGAUCAAUUUUUUCUUCAAAUGUAUUGCAUAAUUUAAAUAAAAAUAAACAUUCACAUCGUACGAUGGGUCUAGCUAUAGAACCGAAACCUGAUCCUUGUCAUCCACUUCGACGGCGACAAAAUUAUUUUGAAUUACCAGAAAUCACUCCAUUUAUUCGUUCACAUAAAAUGCCACCAAUUCCAAAAUUUAAUCCACAAAAUAAAAAUCAAUAUAAACUAACCAAAAACUAUAUCGAAGAAAACAUAAAUAACAUAAAAAAUUCUUUACCAACAUGCCCACGUCGUUAUAUUGUUUCAGAUAGAAAAGGAAAUAAAUAUCUCAUUGAUGGUAGUGGUUUACAAAAAGAUUUUAUUCAUAAAAAAAAUUAUGGUCAAAUUCCAUCGUAUCUUCAAACAUAUAAAAUAUCAGAGUGUAAUUCUAAAGAUAAUUCCAUGAUUUUAAUGCCAGCCGAAGAACGUCUUUGUCUUAUUAAUAAUCUAAAAGAUCGCUAUGAAGAUAUAUUUGCUGAAUAUCAACGUUUACCAUUACGUCUUGAAACAGCAUCAGCUAUAAUAAAACAAACAUAUUUAACUAAUGAAUUAGUUAAUAUUGAACGUGAUAUUGAUUUUCUUGAAAAACAUCAACAAAUAUUUAUUGUUAAGAAUUAUUCAGAUAUUAAAUAA